AGUCCAGUUCUGCCCCGGGGCGCAGAGGCAGGAGGAGUCAGUCCACCCGGAGCAGGAUGCCGGUGAUGAGAGGGCUGCUGGCCCCGCAGAACACCUUCCUGGACACUAUCGCCACGCGCUUCGAUGGCACCCACAGUAACUUCGUCCUGGGUAACGCCCAGGUGCAGACGCUCUACCCCAUCGUUUACUGCUCAGACGGAUUCUGCGAGCUCACCGGAUACGCCCGAGCCGAGCUCAUGCAGAAGAGCUGCGCCUGCCACUUCCUGUACGGCCCGGAAACCAGCGACAAGCUCACGGCGCAGAUCCAGGGAGCGCUCGACGAGAGGAAGGAGUUCAAGACGGAACUGGUCUUCUACAAGAAGGAAGGUACACAGUUCUGGUGCCUGCUGGACAUUGUACCCAUUAAAAAUGAAAAGGGGGAGGUGGUUCUGUUCCUGGUGUCCCACAAGGACAUCACGGACAAGAAGAAGAACCAGGAUCCAGAGCACGGGCCUGACACGGACGAGGAGACGGGUCUGGAGGUGCAUCAGGUCACUCGCCCUCCAGGCUUCAACACCAACCGGCGGCGCAGCAGAGCGGUGCUGUAUCACCUGUCAGGACACCUGCAGAAACAGGACAAGAGCAAACUGAAGCUCAACAAUAACAUGUUCGGAGACAAGCCUCCGAUCCCCGAGUACAAGGUGGCCGCCAUCCAGAAGUCCCGCUUCAUCCUGCUCCACUACGGCACCUUCAAGGCCGGCUGGGAUUGGUUGAUUCUGCUGGCGACCUUCUACGUGGCCGUCACCGUGCCGUACAACGUGUGCUUCACCGUGGUGGGGGGGCGGGACGAGGGGAGCAGCACCGCCCCACGGAGCCCACCCAGCGUCAGCGACAUCCUCGUGGAGAUCCUCUUUAUUUUAGACAUCCUGCUCAACUUUCGGACCACGUUUGUGAGCACGUCGGGUCAGGUGGUGUACGACGCCCGCUCCAUCUGCGUUCACUACGUCACCACCUGGCUGUUUGUGGACCUGAUCGCCGCGCUGCCCUUCGACCUUCUGUACGCCUUCAACGUCAGCGUGUACUUCGGGGUUCACCUCCUGAAGACGGUGCGCCUCCUGCGGUUGCUGCGCCUCCUGCAGAAGUUGGAGCGGUACUCCCAGUACAGCGCCGUGGUCCUGACGCUGCUCAUGUCCAUGUUCGCGCUGCUGGCCCACUGGAUGGCCUGCGUCUGGUACUUCAUCGGCCGCAAGGAGAUCGAAAGUGCUGGCUCCUGGGAUAUCGGUUGGCUCUAUGAGCUGGCUAAGCGCCUGGGGACCCCCUACUUCCUGCCCCCCCUGACGACGCUGUUCUCCGCCACCAUCAGCGGCCUCCCGGCCAACAGCAGCCAGUGGGACGUGUCGGGGUCAGAGGUCGCGGGUCAGAGCUCCUGGAACUCCAGCCAAAUGAACGCCAGCAUGCCAGGGAAUGUGUCCGUGCCGGGGACAGGCGGCAGUGGCGGCGGGGGCGGGGGCUUCGGGGUGCUGGGAGGGGGGCCCUCGAUGCGGAGCAGCUACGUCACAUCGCUGUACUUCGCCCUGAGCAGCCUCACCAGCGUGGGGUUCGGGAAUGUGUCGGCAAACACGGACUCUGAGAAGAUCUUCUCCAUCUGCACCAUGCUCAUAGGAGCGCUGAUGCACGCCGUGGUGUUUGGAAACGUGACGGCCAUCAUCCAGAGGAUGUACUCGCGCCGCUCGCUCUACCACACCCGCACCAAAGACCUGAAGGACUUCAUCCGGGUGCACCGGCUGCCCAAAGCCCUGGAGCAGCGCAUGCUCGAGUGCUUCCAGACCACCUGGUCCGUCAACAACGGGAUCGACGUCAGCGAGCUCCUGAAGGACUUCCCCGACGAGCUGCGUGCCGACAUCGCGAUGCACCUGAACAAGGAGCUGCUGCAGCUGCCUCUGUUCGAGUCGGCCAGCCGGGGCUGCCUGCGCUCGCUCUCCCUCAUCAUCCGGACCUCCUUCUGCGCCCCCGGGGAGUUCCUCAUCCGGCAGGGGGACGCCCUGCAGGCCAUCUACUUCGUCUGCUCCGGCUCCAUGGAGGUGCUGAAGGACAACACUGUGCUCGCCAUACUGGGUAAAGGCGAUCUGAUUGGCUCGGACUCCCUGACGAAGGAGCAGGUGAUUAAGACCAACGCCAACGUGAAGGCCCUGACGUACUGCGACCUGCAGUACAUCAGCCUGAAGGGGCUGCGCGAGGUGCUGCGCCUCUACCCCGAGUACGCCCAGAAGUUCAUCAGCGAGAUCCAGCACGACCUCACCUACAACCUGAGGGAGGGCCACGGCGCCGACGUGGACUGGGAGAGUAACGGCGGUCUGGUGAAGAAGCUGCCGUCGAUCCGUGAGGAUGAGGAGGGCGAUGAAGAUCAGAGCUCGGUGUCCCGCGCCCCCCGCUCCCCGCUGAGGCUCAGCAGGGGGCUCAACUCCCCCCCUGCGCUCCCCCCUCCUCCCCCCAGGCCCUUCCGUGCUCCCUCAGAUCCACAACCGGCCCGCCACCUGCAGAUCCCCGUGGUCAGCUUCUGCAGCGCCCCGGCCGAACUCAGCCCCAGAUUCGUGGACGGCAUUGAAACGGAGACCAACUCUCUGUCCUCUCAGAAGUUUGAGUUCAGUCCCAGCGUGUCGCCCGCAGCAUCGCCCUCCCCUUACACAGGGAACCGGGAGCCCUCUGAGAUCAAGCAGAGUGUUUCUAAACUGGCUGAGGAGAUGAACAGCCUCUCUAAGCAGGUGUCGGUGCUCAGUCAGGAGCUGCAGGAAAUGACCCGCCUCCUGAAGCCCCUCCUCCAACAAUCCCCGCAGCCAAUCCUGAUGACCAUGAUGCCAAAUCUAACCCCGCCUCCCAGCAGCAGCGCCAGCCAAUUAUCAACGAGCACCUGCCUGGUGCUGCCUCCCCCUUCUUCCUCACCCCCGCAGAGACCGGACUCUCACUCCCUGUUGGACGGGGGAGACAUCGAGGGGGUGGAUUUGCCAGGAUGCCUUCUCCCGACUCCCCCUUCACCCAAAAGGCUUAUUUUAUCUCCACAACCUAAAAGCAACAACAACCCCCCCUCUGAGGAAGGACUUCCCGAGGGUCUUCUCGUCCUCCCCACCUCCCCCACUAAUGGGAUAUAUCUCCCCUCUCUGCAGGAACAGCCUCCUUCCCCUUCACUGUCCUUCUCCAUGUCUGUCUGCUCCUCACCCUCAAUCUCCCCAUGCCAGGGCCCUCACCCGUCCCGACCUGGCAGCAGCAGAGGCCUCCUCCCCGCGCCUUGCUCCCAAGACACCCCUCCGCCCCCAUCCUCCCACUGCUCUGCACCCCCGUCCCUCACAUCUUCGCCAGGCGACCACCAGCUGAGGCUCCCCACCUCCACCGUCUCCAUGCCCAUGUCUCUGGACUUCGUUAGGAGGAAGCAGGGAGACGCCAUCCAGGCUCCCCUUUGGUGCAACUCACAGCCGACCAAACCCCCCCCGCAGGAGCUGGAAAUGCAGGAGAUGUGGGGGACACAGGUGGGGGAGGAAGGGAGGAACUCCACAGAGCACAUCAGCUUCAUCGAUGACGAGGAGCCGGCGUUAUUAACCGUUAAAACUGACUGAGAACGAACACAAGUAGCAGGGAUCAGAUCAGGGGACUUUGGGAAACAAAAUCACAAACAGGAAGUGUUUUUUUUUUUUAGGCGGGAAAUGCUUACAGGACACACGGGAAGUGAUUUUUUUUAGGCGGGAAAUGCUUACACGACACCCAGGAAGUGAUUUUUUAGGCGGGAAAUGCUUACGGGACACACAGGAAGUGAUUUUUUAGGCAGGAAAUGCUUACGGGACACACAGGAAGUGAUUUUUUAGGCGGGAAAUGCUUACAGGACACACAGGAAGUGAUUUUUUAGGCGGGAAAUGCUUACGGGACACACAGGGAGUGUUUUUUUAGGCGGGAAAUGCUUACAGGACACACAGGAAGUGAUUUUGUGGGCAGGAAAUGCUUACGGGACACACAGGAAGUGGUUUUUUAGGCGGGAAAUGCUUACAGGACACACAGGAAGUGAUUAUUUAGGCGGGAAAUGCUUACGGGGCACACAGGAAGUGGUUUUUCAGGCGGGAAAAGCUUACAGGACACACAGGAAAUAGACACGCUUGACAUGUGGAGACAUAAAGCCAGCUGUCAGCCAAUCAGUGUGAAGGACUAUUUUUCUUCUUCACUGAUCACAGAAACUACAACAGCACAAAAUGUCUUACAGUAUCAACACUUCAGUAGCAUUAGCAACCGUCCCACACACACACUGAUUGACCAGAACUCAUGUUUUAAAGUCGAAUUUAGCCGAUUAUAUACUUUAACUUCUUAAAACCCAGUGACUACAAACAUAUCUCAGCGGGAAACACUGCGACUGGGAAUGUAAACUCACCUUUCUGUCACAUUAGAGCCAGUUUGCUUCAUUAAAUUAAUGUUUUGCAUUUAAAAUUAUAACUCCACCUCUAGGAUGGUGGAGCAACACACUCAGCUUAACAUCCAUCUAUCUUGUCGGUCAUACACGUCGUUCAUUUUCCCCAAAACAUCCACAUUUCGCCUGUAAAAGAAGUUUAAAGAACACAUCCGAGUGGAAAAGUCGGAGCAUUAGUGCUUCUUUUUGAGACCUGAAGCGUGCUGGGUGUGCCAAAGACAAAUUAGGGACACAAAUAUCAUAAGCAGCACCCAUAUAUAAGUGUUUACCACCACCAUUACUGUUUACAACCAGCCAGUCAGAUUGUACAGCAGACUCCACAUCACUCCUGAGCUUUAGCCAUCCAGCCAUUUGUGCCUUCUCUGCAUAAAGGUUCCCUAAAGUCCUUUUCCUGGAUAGCGUUUGGAUCAAAAUUAACACGGAAAGCCAUUUACAGAGAACACUUUACCUACCUACCUACCUACCUACUGCACCUUUACCUAAAAUCUAAUUUAUUUAUUUAUUCAGGCUGUGAAUUUUAUUUAUUUUUGUUGAGGAAAUAUUAUAAUAUUUCUGGGAGAGAAAGGUCUACCUUCCCGAUUGUUAUGUAGCACACACACACACACACACACACACACACACACACACACACACACAGCAUAUCCUGGACCAUGCACCCAUAUUUCACGAACCCUCAGAACUACAAUACCCAGGAUGCAUCAUUAUGGGGUUUGUUUUCUUGCUUUGUGCACCAUAUAGUUACUUGUAGUAUAGACAGUCAGAUUUCUGGUUUCUAUUUUCUGUAAGGGGAGCAGAGGACCUGGACUCUUGGAACUGAAACACAAAGCAGGACUCUGAUCCUGCAGGGCUU